AUGAGGGCUGCACUCUCGCUGAUGGUGUUGCUGUUCUGGAUGUCUGGACUUCAGGCACAGAGCACCCAGACUGAGGUCCAGACAGGAGGGCAGACCACUGGGAUGAUGGCGGUUGCUGAAGUUUGCACCCAGCAGGACUUCUCUGCUGAACUCAAGGAACUCAGAGAUAUGGUGGUGGAGCUGAGAAUCCAAAAUGCUGUGCAAGAGUCAGAGCUGACUACAUUGAAGACCAGGCUGGCAGCUAGUGAAACUGAAGUCAUAAGUCUGAGGAAGGACACCGCCUCAGUUGCUGAGAGACUGGUUGCCACUGAGACCGACAUGGAGCAUAUGAAGAAAGACACUGCCGCACAACUUACAGACAUGACAGCAGGGCUGAUAUACCUCACCAAGGAACAUGCCACACUAGAGACCAGACUCGUGGCCAGUGAGACUGGGGUAGACAAUCUGGAGAGAGAGAUUAAAGAUGUACCCAAGGUAGCAUUCUCAGCAGGUUUGACAGACUCAGGAUUGAUACAGUCCGGAAGUAUGGACUUGAACUUGGUUUUCAGUAAAGUCAUUACGAAUGUUGGGCAGGCUUAUAGCAGCACUUCAGGUUUCUUCACCGCUCCAGUCAAGGGGGUUUAUUACUUCAGAUUCACUGUUAUGGAUAAUCUGACCUCACGCUGGAUGGCUAUCCGCUUGUAUAAAAAUGGACAACAGGUCAUGUAUGUGAGUCAGCACUCUGGUAGUGGAAAUAACAACUAUCUGUCUAGUGGUGUUACUCUACAACUGGAGAUGAGCGAUGAAGUUAACUUGAGAAUUGCUGCAAACUACUAUCUUUACAGCAAUUUCAAUCAUCAUAGCACCUUCAGUGGCUUCCUGCUCUUCCCUCUAUGA